AUGGCAGCAAACAAUCACACAACUAUGGUAGAGUUUGUCCUGCAGGGAUUCUCUGGGGACCCUCGACUCCAGGCUUUCUUGUUGGUCUUCUUCCUCCUCCUUUUCCUCCUGGCUCUUUCAGGAAAUGUCCUCAUUGUCACGGCCAUCAGCCUGAAUCCAGGCCUUCACACUCCAAUGUACUUCUUCCUCACAAACCUGGCCAUGUUAGACAUCGUCUGUACAUCCACCGUCCUCCCCAAGCUGCUGGAGGGGCUGGUGGCCAAGAGCAGCAGCAUCUCCUACCGGGGCUGCAUGACCCAGCUCUUCUUCCUGACGUGGUUCCUGGGGGCCGAGCUGCUGCUGCUCACGGCCAUGGCCUAUGACCGCUUCACCGCCAUCUGCCGCCCGCUGCACUACAGCACGCUGAUGAGCCGGCCCGUCUGUGUCCUGCUCGCGGGCAGUGUGUGGGUGAUCAGUGCAGUCAGCACAUCUGUGCACACGGGCCUGAUGGCACAGCUCCAUUUCUGUGGCCCCAACCAGAUCCGUCACUUUCUGUGUGAAGUCCCCACACUGCUGCUGCUGUCCUGCAGCCCAACCACCCUAAACAACAUCAUGAUCGUCAUCGCAGAUGCUUAUUUUGGUGUGGUCAACUUCCUACUGACCAUGGUGUCCUACGGCUACAUUGUGGCCAGCAUACUGCGCAUCCGCUCAGCCGAGGGCAAGCAGCGAGCCUUCUCCACCUGCUCCGCCCACCUUGUGGUGGUCACCCUGUACUACUCCACCGUCAUCUACACUUACGUCCUCCCUGGCUCCGGCUCCUCCAUGGAAAAAGGCAAGGUGGUUGCUUUGUUGUACACGGCAGUCAGUCCCACCCUAAACCCCCUCAUCUACUCUCUGAGGAACAAGGACGUCAAAGUGGCCCUCAGGAAGGUGAUUCCCUCCAUCCAAUGA